UCUCCGAUCUCUGAUAUAGCAGAGAUCAGAUAGGGAAACGAAAGAAAUUCGAAAUUUACCACUGGGAUAUAGUCGAUUUCAGUGCACUCGGUUGUUGGUCACGUUCAUAUUCGUAGUUAUUUCGUUCAAGAAAAUCUGUCUACUAAGAUAGGUCUUUCAUAAGCACUCAAUAUUGUUAACCAAAGAAAUGGUGAUGGAGAAGCCAAGUCCCCUGCUUGUAGGGCGGGAGUUCGUGAGGCAGUAUUACACACUCUUAAACAAGGCACCAGACUUUCUGCACAGGUUUUAUGGCCGUAACUCUUCAUAUGUCCAUGGAGGACUUGACCCCAAUGGGAAACUGGCAGAAGCAGUGUAUGGUCAAGCGGAAAUCCACAAGAAAGUCAUGUCUUUGCAGUUCAGUGAAUGUCACACGAAGAUCAGGCAUGUGGAUGCCCACGCAACACUGAGUGACGGGGUGGUGGUUCAAGUCCUUGGAGAGUUGUCUAACAAUGGCCAACCCAUGAGAAAAUUCAUGCAGACAUUUGUGCUUGCUCCAGAGGGCUCUGUGGCAAACAAGUUCUACGUCCACAAUGACAUCUUUCGUUAUGAGGAUGAAGUUUUCGGUGACUCUGAAGCUGAGCUUGACGAGGAAUCUGAAGAGGAAGUUGAAGAAGAACCAGAGGAAAGGCAGCAGUCCCCUGAACCCCUACAAGAAAGCCCAAACAGCAGCACCUACUAUGAGCAACAUCCUGUCACCAAUGGUGUAGAGGAGCCCAUGGAGGAGCCGGCUCCAGAGCCAGAACCAGAGCCUGAACCAGAAGCCAAGGUAGAGGAGAUCAAGCCCGAGGUAGACGAGAAGGUUUUGGAGGAGCUGGAGGAAAAGGCCCCCUCUCCAGUCCCUGUGGAGUCCCCACCCAACACCCAGGAACCUCCCAAGACUUUCUCCUGGGCCUCAGUGACCAGUAAAAAUCUGCCUCCUAGCGGCACUGUCCCCUCCUCUGGAAUCUCACCUCAUGUUGUUAAAGCUCCAAACACGCAGCCCAGAGUGGAGACCAAGCCCGAGACUCAGACGACACCUCUCCGGCCACGGGAUCAACGCACGCGUGACAGACCUGCCUUUACACCACGAGGACCCAGGCCUGAUGGUGUUCCUCCUUCAGAAUCACAAACGGGCAAGCCACACUUUGGUUUUGUCAACAAAGGAAGGGCAGAUUCCGACACAAAUGAAAUGGACAAUAGGCGAGUUAUCCGGUAUCCAGACAGCCACCAGCUUUUUGUUGGCAACCUCCCACAUGACAUCGAUGAGAACGAGCUCAAGGAUUUCUUUAUGACAUAUGGGAAUGUUGUGGAGCUGAGGAUCAACACCAAGGGCGUGGGGGGGAAGCUUCCCAACUUUGGAUUUGUGGUGUUUGACGAUGCCGACCCAGUGCAGAGAAUCCUGGGAGCCAAGGUGGAAGGGCCCAUCAUGUUCCGUGGCGAAGUGCGUUUGAAUGUGGAGGAAAAGAAAACGAGGGCAGCACGCGAACGUGAGACUCGUGGCGGAGGGGAUGACCGACGGGAUGUGAGGCGCAGUGAUCGAGGCCCUGGAGGUCCACGAGGCAUUAUGGGGAGUGGCAUGAUUCGUGAUCGUGAAGGAAGGGGCCCACCGUCCCGGGGUGGCAUGGCCCCCAAGCCUGGCAUAGGUUCUGGGAGAGGAGCUGGUGGCCAGGGAGAAGGCCGUUUCACAGCCCAGCGUCGCUGAAGAGCACCACCUGAAGUUUGGAAGUAGUACCAUGUUCUUCAUCUUCAACCAUUUUCGUUAAUGAAAAAAAAUCUACAUGUAUAAACGUAUAUAUUUGUUUUUUUUUUGUUAUGUUUUUUUUUUUUAAUUUUAUUUUGGCUUUGGAAUGUGACACAGCCUGUCAGCCAUUUCUUUGUGAAACAGACAAAAAAAAUAAGCAAACACUUAUUUUGCUUACUAGCUGUGAGCUGAGCAUCCUUUUUCAGUAUCUCAAGAAUUCACAAACAUUAAUUUGUAAAUGUGUGGAAAAAAGGCAAACCAACCAGGAGCGAUCUGCCACAUUAAGAGGGGCUGAUAGACUUUUACCUUCGACAAAAGGGCCCAUCAUUUGGAAGAGAUUAUACGACUUGACUUGUUAGGGCACUGUGUCACGAAAAUCCCUCUAUUGCACAUUUUCUAUGGUAGAUCUCUGCCCGUUACUGUCGGAAAAAGUUUUGAGGUGCAAAUUUCGUGCAGUUUGAGGGGGGGGGGAAAGCUUGCCUUUUUUCCUCCCCUUUCUUCAAAGAACACCGCUUCAAAGUUGCAUAAUGCACUCAUCAGUAUGCACUAAUGGGUACUUUUUGUCAGGUUACAUUGACAUCUAUCUCGGAGUGCAGCUGGAAAGACAUCCUGUUAGUCUCAAAGCGAUACGACUCAACGGAACGGGUUUCGCUCGCUGCUGUGACCAAUGUACUCACACCUUUUACCCAAAACUAUGCUUCAAUUACUGCUGGAUGAACAAGCAAAUCUACAGAUUCUAUUUUUCCUCAUUUAUAAGUCAAAUUAAAGCUCAAAUCCUGGACUUUUUCACCAAACAAGUGGGGGGGGGGGCAUAAACACAAGUUGAACAAUAUAGUGGUGGUAAUGUUGACGGUUCGCUUUGUUUUCAUUUGAUUCAGUUUUUUGUAAGUUUUUUUUUGUUGUUUCGUUUUUUGUUUUUUUUUCUCCUACCAGCUAGACAGUGAAGCUGGGAUCGGCGACAUCUGUUCCUCUCACUCCCUGUCCAAGUGUGGAGAAACAAUAAAUGUACAGCAAAAUUCAUAGUUUACUGUAUCUCAUUGUUUUGUGUAUACUUUGUUUUUCUUCCACUAGAUAAAAGCAUGAUGGUGCCUUCAAUUUUUCAUCUUUCUACAUUCUUACUAGUAAGUUAACGUGUGGUGUUCGCUGCCUCCUAGUCUAGAGCUUCUCAAUUUGAAUUGUCUACUGGGAGCACAGAAACUUGCAGUAUUUUUCAUUAUUUAAGUUUUUCAGGUGCACAUUUCAUCCUUCCAUACUGUUCUACUACCUAAGAUGAUCUGCUGUGAGCUUUUUGUACAUUUGUUUAUACUAUAGUAUCUGCUCUGGGUUUUGCAGAAACAAAGGUGCCUCGAGUUCUGUUGGAUGUUAAAUUGCAAAGAGGUGCUUUUUGAGGAAACUACUCAUGGAAAAAGGUACAUUAAACAUGGUGGUGGUCCGAAAUGGCCUUGUCCUUGCUCUGUCAAAAGUAAGCUUUCCACAGAAACAGGUUUAUUGUAAAGCCUAAAAGUUUUGCAUUGUUUAAUAAAAUGGUUAUGAUCAACAUCGAAAUGGCACACACCUAAUCGCACUUUGUUAUGCGGACAUGAACGACAUAUCUUAGUCAUUUUACAGUGAGUCUGGCCAUUGUCUGUGCAGCUCAUGUUGAUGCAUUGAUUAGUUUUCUGGGCUCACGUCAGACUCGAUCAAUUCUGGGAAGCAAUUUGUAAUGUUGUGUGUGGGUGAGUUGGCUAUAGUCCCAAUUACAAAUGACAAUUUUUCUAUCCAUGGUGCGCCCCCCCCCCCACACACACACACAAUUUAUACCAAUUUAUAUUUUUCAGUUUGGGGCAUGUCUAAUUUGAGAAAUUGGACUAUCAUUGUCCAUUUGUUGGAUUAGAUUUUUUUUUAAACCCUUAUUACAGGGGAGGGAAGCUUUGGUGUCGGUUGGAAAGGAAAAAAAAUGUGAGAAGCGUUAAGAUUUUGUCUUGAAUGUGACAUCUAAUGUAGCAGCUUGAUGAACACAGUAAUGAGGUCUCCCUUGUCUGCUUGGUGUUGCACUAUUUCUAAAGUCCAUGGGGACAAUCUGCCAGGUUUUGAACACUCGUCCAAAAUUAAUACCUGUCAGUGAAUAUUAAGCAAGGACUCAUCUUGACAACAGCCUGUACACAAUGUUCUAUUCCUUUCUCUUGCAACUGAAGUUUACAGACAUGGCCUAAGUGCCAGUUUACCAUAAUAAUAUUGGACGCCAUUGUCCCUUGUAGUUAUAAAAUCAUUCCAGAUGGGCAGGAUUUAUAUGAGAAAAUGGGAAAAAAACUUUUUGUACCAUCUGCCUUCGGUACCGUCUGCAGUCGAUUUAAUAUGGUAACUGCAGAACUAAAGCCCUUGCAGUGGUGUUGACAGUUGUCACCGAUGGCUGCGAUCCCCAGUGUUGAAUUUUAUUUUAUUUUAUUUUUUGUUGGUGCUCUACAAGGGCACUUAACUGCCAUCACCCCUGUGUAAUGUUGGUCAAGAGAGGGGCAACUGGAGCAAAGGAGAGCUGUCGAGUUGUCUGGUUAGUAAUUGCUUUAACUAUUGAAGGCAUUAAAUGUUUAUGAGCAUAUGAAUUUUGUUUUCAGUGUUAUUCCUCAGAGGUUUUCAGUGACCUGCGCCUACCCAAACUAAAAAGGAUUGCUAAAGCAAAGGUUGUAAACGUCUUUUUCCUUUGGUUGAGAGUGCGGUAGAGUGGAUCCUCAUCGUGACUCGUCUCAGUUUUCAUUAGAAAUAAAAACUGCCCUCUUGGCUUUAGCAGUUCUGGGCUGCUGCCAUCUUAAUUUACUCUGUUUAUCUUCUACUUGUUGCUAGCAGAAAACUUGCAGGUGGAGAAUUUUUUUUCCCUUCAUUUUGAAUGUGUUGGACUUAACAUACAAUAAACUACUGAUAUCAGCACUGCUCUUUUGUCCUGUUUUCAGGGUCUCCAUAAGUGGUUUCACAGACCAUGUAAAUAAAGCCUGCAUAAAUGAAGAAAAAUAAGAUAAUUGACAAAAUAAAGAAAAACUUG